AUGGCGUCCGCCUACAACCUGGAACCGCAGACAAAUGCCAAAGUAAUCCUGCACACCAGCCACGGCGAUCUCGACCUCGAGCUCUGGGCCACCCAAACGCCCCUCACCUCCCGCAACUUCCUGCAACUCUGCCUCGACAACUACUACACAAACACGACCUUCCACCGCCUCGUCCCCAACUUCAUCCUGCAAGGCGGCGACCCUACUGGCACCGGUCAUGGCGGCGAAGCAAUCUACCCUGGCGGUCUCUUUGAGGAUGAAUUCCACUCCCGCCUCCGCUUCAACCGCCGUGGCCUUGUCGGCAUGGCUAAUUCGGGCCGUCGCAACGACAAUGGCUCGCAGUUCUUCCUGACGCUCGGGGACACAAAGGAGCUGACGGGGAGGAAUACGAUGUUUGGCAAGGUGGUGGGCGACACGCUGUAUAACCUGGUGAGGAUGGGGCAGGGCGAGUGUGAGGAGGGCACGGAGAGGCCCGUGUAUCCGGUUACGAUUACGGGGGCGGAGGUGGUGGUGAAUCCGUUUGAGGACAUGAAGCCGCGUGAGGCGGCUGUAAAGGCUGGGACGCUGGAGGAGGAGGAGAAGAAGGCUGCCGCGGGGAAGAAAGCUGCUGCAGGAAAAAAGAAGAAGGGAAAGGCGCUUCUGUCCUUUGGCGGCGAUGAGGAGGAGGCAGAGCAGCAGCCGGUGCUCAAAAAGCCGAAAUUCAACACCCGGCUCGUAGUCGCCGCACCACUAUCGGAAGAGGCGCCAGAGAAACAGGCGGAGAAGAAAAUCUCGGAGCCGACAAGCACGGGGGCAAAGAACGCCAUCACAACGACAGAGACGGUUACGACUGUGACGUCGAAAGAUACCGACUCCCUCGCUGACCCAGACCCAACACCCGUCCGCGCCCGCUCGCCCGCCCGCUCGCCCUCCCGUACGCCCUCACCGCCACCGACGCGCCAGGCCUUGCAGCUCGCAGAAACUAACGCCCAGAUCGCGGCACUCAAACAGUCUCUCCGCCGCGACCGCGACACACCCGCUACCACCACAACAGCUACAAAACCCAAGAAAUCACUACUGGCAAUCCAGAAAGACCUCCUCCCCGCGACAUCCAUCAAAGGCCGCAAACGUAAGCGCGACACCACUAAAGACGACACCACUAAAGACGACGACGAGACGCUCGCCGCGCUAAAACGCUUCCAAAAGAAGCUCUCCACCGCCUCCUCCUCUGCCCCCCCUACCACCUCCAUCAACUCCCGCACAACCAAAGACACUGCCCCCAUCGCCGACAAAGACGCCACCAGCAUCUUGGACGAAGACGACGAAGCAACCCUCUGCGACCUGCACUUCAUCCCGAACUGCGCCUCCUGCGGCCUCUACGAGCGGCCCUCCCGUAGUCCUAGCCCGGGUGCCAGUGAGGCGCUGUGGAACCAUACGCUGAGCUUUGAGAAGGAUAGACUAGGCAAGGAUCUUACGUGGAAGCGCAAGAAUGAGGAGCUGAUUAUGAUUGAUCAGCGGGAGAAGGAGAAGAAGAUUUUGCAGUUGGGGAGGAGGAGGGAGAGGGGUGGUGGCGGCGGCGGCGGCGGCGGUGGUAGUGGUGGAGGGACGGAAUGGGGGAAGAGGAGGGGUGAAGGAGGAAGGGGGGGUGAGAGGGGAAGGGGUGGAGGGAAUCGGGGUGAGAGGGGAAGGGGCGGAGGGGAUAGGGGUGACAGGAGGGGUGGUGAUAGGGGUGAUAGAGGGGGUCCGAGUCGAGGGCCUAGGAGGUAG